GAAGAAGAAAAAGCGAGUUUGACAAAUCCCGGAACUAUCCGUGGAGUGUGAAAGUAGGAUAUUUCUCUAUAAUUUACAGUUUUGUCCAACUUUUUUUAAAUCAUAGUGCAUACAUAGGCAUAACCUAUUUACAUCGAAUGUUAAACGGUAUGCGGGCUUCAUUUUGUGUACUUUAGAAAUUGACAACAUUGUCGUUAAAUGUGUUGAAGUUAACGUUACAGUCGUGGAUUUCUGACUAACGUAACGUUUCACUUCCAGAUUCAGUUCUGUAAUUCGAUUCAACGCCGCUUAAUCUCAUUAGCCUACUGCUCAUUUCGUUCUGAAAUCAACUAUUGAUACUUUUACAUAAUGAGAUAUUGCGCUUUAUUAUUAACAAUGUUUGCGCUGGUCUAAUCUCAAUGCUAGAGGGACAUACCGAGGUCGGACCAGGUAGACAGCCACCAUGGCUGCAGUGCAUGACUCUAUCUACAUGAAAUCCUCUGACCUUAUCAAAAAGGAGCCUCUGGACUACGGCGGCUUCGGUACCGUGUACCUUUGCUAUCACAAAACCCUCGGUCAGGUGGUUCUGAAGAGCGUCUACACCGGGCCACCGCGCAAUGAGGGCAAUAAGCAGUCCCUGCUAGAAGAGGGCAGCCUGAUGACCAGACUGAACCAUGAGCGGGUGGUCAGGCUGCUGGGGGUGAUCCUGGAGGAUGGGGACUACUCUCUGGUCAUGGAGCUCCUCCCUAAAGGCAACCUGCUGGCCAUGCUGGACCAGGUUUCUGUGCCGAUAUCUAUCAAGGGCAGGAUCAUAUUGGAGAUUCUGGAGGGGAUGGUGUACCUGAUGAAGAACCGUGUCAUACACAAGGAUCUCAAACCAGAAAACAUACUGGUGGACAACGAUUUUCAUAUUAAGAUUGCAGACCUGGGCCUGGCCACCUGUCAGACGUGGAGCAGACUGACUAAGGAGGAGUCUCGCAGGCAGAGCCGGCUAGGACGUAUGGGGGCUGGAGGAGGGGGGGCCAGGGCAGCUGGUACUCUGUGCUACAUGGCUCCUGAGCACCUUGACAGCAUCCAUACACUCUCCUCUGAGAAGUCUGACAUCUAUAGCUUCGCUAUUGUCAUCUGGGUCAUCCUCACUGCCAGGGAGCCCUUUGAAAAUGCUCGGAGUGAGGACCAUAUCUGCCAGUGUGUCCGUAAAGGCGAUCGUCCGAAUGAAAACCACAUCCCUGAUGAUACUCCUGUAGAGAUCAUAGAGCUAAUGAAGAGUUGCUGGCAUCAGGAUCCACAAUGGCGGCCAACAUUCAGAGAGGGCUACAACUUCUUCCUGCCCGUCUACAGGGAGAAGUUGGAGCCAGAUGUAGAAAGGGACUCACUUGGUCUCAGAAACUUGUACGAGGGGCCUGAGGAGCUGGUGGAGAAGAUGAAAUCUUUAUCGAUGCCUCCUGAGAGCCUAACAGCAGACCGGCCAGCUCCCUUGCUGAGCUCAGACAGUGCUGGGGCUGUCCGUAUAGAAGCUGGUCCAGUGGAAGCCAGCAUUGAGGACCUGAACCUCUUCCUUCCCUGUGAGCCCUCCCUAAUCCAGCCAGAUGCCCAGGCCCUCGGCCCCAUCAGCACCCCCUCGGGUAUGGAGCUCAAACUGGUCAGCAGUUCGAGGUCAAACCUGGAGGUCAAAUUAGCCCAGGAGUACGAGUACCACAAAUUCGGCAGCUACUGCCGGAUGGACCAGCCGGACUUCAGCCCCUACCCUCACCCUGCCACCCCACAGCGCCUCUCCUCACAGGACCUCACUUCCACCAGAGGCCUCCCAGACCUCAGGCCCCCUCAGGCCCCAGUGUCCUCUGUCCAGUCUUGGACCAAAACCCAGGCCGUCCAGCCCAGCAGCGUGGUGGUGGACCCCCUCCUCCAUCUCUCUGACCUGUACGAGGCUACGGCCCCCUCCGGUACCACCACACCAAGACACCAGCUGUCAAGCCACAUCCCUGAGUCCACCAGCAGCCCAUCUCUGAGCCAGGGCAAGUACUCCCCCCAGCAGCAAUAUCCCUACGCCCAGUAUGACCGCCUCCAGUCCUGGCCAGCCUACCCAGUGCCAGAGUCAGCUGCCCCAGACCACACUGCAGGGCUGCGCCUGAACUCAGGUGCCAAGGUUGGACUUUCACAAGACCCAGCAGGCCUAUUUAUCCAGAACGCCAGUGGGAUCCAGAUAGGCAGCAACAACACACUCAGCAUCAGGGGUCAUGAGUCAUACAGCAGCUCAGCCAGCUCUCUCUCCAACGGGCCCAACUCACUCUCUCUGCUCAAAGAAAACCUGCAGAUGUACGAGGACCAGGCUGUGACGGAGGAGCACCUGGAUCUCCUGAGAGAUAACAUCGGGAAGGAUUGGAAGCGCUGCGCCCGUCGUCUGGGCCUGAGCGAGGUGGAGGUGGAGACCAUCGACCAUGACUACCAACGUGACGGGCUGCCUGAAAAGGUGCACCAGAUGCUGGAGCGCUGGAGGAUGAAGGAGGGCUGUGUGGGCUGCACCGUGGGCCGGCUCUGCAGAGCCCUGGAGAACUGUGUUAAAGUGGACCUGUUGAAGAGGCUUCUGCACUCCAGCAGGACCAACAGUUCUCUGUAGGUACAGUAGCCUGUAUCAACUGUAUUCAAUUCCCCCUACCCCUAUACCAGAGGGGUUACUAUUGACUCCAGCCCCCCACCCUCACCCUUACAUUCCUACCAACCAGUCUAACGUGUAAUGAUUGUCAGUUGAGUUGUUAGUAUUGACUUUGAACUACUUACUUACUUACUGUAAGGUAGUCUGGCUGUGAUUUUCUUGCCAUAUGAUAUGGAUAUGAGUGUAGCAGCCCAAAUACACCAUUCCAAUCUUUGGGAAAUCUGCAGUUGCUUCAUCCAUUUUUGGACUUAAGUUAACAAUAUAUACCCAUUUGAUUAUUGAAGGAAGAACUUAUAAAUGCCUCCUGAGUUUAGUUCAACUCUUGUGCCACAUCAGAACCCUAUACUACAAAUCAGGUUUGAGGAGUUGGCGAGGCAACCUUGGUCAAAUCCUCGGGAUAAUCGGCAACAAAUUUUUAUCCUGAAUGAAGAGUCUGAGCCAAAAGUUGAGGAAUAAUUCAAUCAGAUACCCUCCAUGCAAAGCUUGUCAUCAUCCCCUCCAUUUGAGGAAGCCGACUGAUUUAAAUGUUUGUAUUAAUCAAAUGUUUUUGUGUGUAAAAAAAAAAAAAAAAAAUCUUCAUAUUACACAUACAGUUGUAAUGGGUCGGCAGGGUAGCCUAGUGGUUAGAGUGUUGAACUAGUAACCGGAAGGUUGCAAGUUCAAACCCCUGAGUUAACAAGGUACAAAGCUGUCGUUCUGCUCCUGAACAGGCAGUUAAUCCACUGUUCCUAGGCCGUCAUUGAAAAUAAGAAUUUGUUCUUAACUGACUUGCCUAGAUAAAGGUAAAAUGAAUAAAUAAAAUAAAAAAUGAUAGCAUUCGCUUUGCAAACUUGUGAUUGUAUUAUCACAUUUGCAACAGCCGCAACCAUAGACAUACAGUGCAUUCGGAAAGUAUUCAGAACCCUUGACUUUGUUUAUAUUUUGUUACGUAGCCUAGUGGUUAGAGCAUUGGACUAGUAACCGGAAGGUUGCAAGUUCAAACCCCCGAGCUGACAAGGUACAAAUCUGUCGUUCUGCCCCUGAACAGGCAGUUACCCCACUGUUCUAAACUAGAAAUAUAUCCUCAUCAAUCUACACAUCACAUUUACAUUAGUAUUCAGACCCUUUACUGAGUAUUUUGUUGAAUCACCUUCACCAGCGAUUACAGCCUUGAGUCUUGUCGGGUAUGACACUACAAGCUUUGCACACCUCUAUUUGGGGAAUUUCUCCCAUUCUUCUCUGCAGAUCUUCUCAAGCUCUGUCAGGUUGGAUGGGUAGCGUCCCUGCACAGCUAUUUUCAGGUCUCUCCAGAGAUGUUUGAUCGGGUUCAAGUCCGGGCUCUGGCUCGGCCACUCAAGGACAUUCAGAGACUUGUCCCGAAGCCACUCCUGCAUUGUCUUCACAGUAAGGAUGGUGCCAAGUUUCCUCCAGACGUGACGCUUGGCAUUCAGGCCAAAUAGUUCAAUAUUGGUUACAUCAGACUAGAGAAUCUUGUUUCUCAUGGUCUAAAACCUUUGGGUGCCUUUUGGCAAAUUUCAAGCGGGGUGUCGUGUGCCUUUUACUGAGGAGUGGCUUCCGUCUGGCCACCUUACCAUAAAUGCCUGAUUGGUGGAAUGCUGAAUGAUUGUCCUUCUGGUUCUCCCAUCUCAACAAUCUGGUUCUUGUUCACCUCCCUGACCAAGGUCCUUCUCCCCCUGUUGCUCAGUUUGGCCGGGCGGCCAGCUCUAGGAAGAGUCUUGGUGGUUCCAAACUUCUUCCAUUUAAGAAUGAUGGAGGUCACUGUGUUCUUGGGGACCUUCAAUGCUGCAGACAUAUUUUGGUAGCCUUCCCCAGAUCUGUGCCUCGGCACAAUCUUGUCUCGGAGCUGUACGGACAAUUCCUUUGACCUCAUGGCUUGGUUUUUGCUCUGACCUGAACCGUCAACGGUGGGACCUUAUAUAGACAGGUAUGUGCCUUUCCAAUUGAUUUUACCACAGGUGGACUCCAAUCAAGUUGCAGAAACAUCUCAAGGAUGAUAAUUGGAAACAGGAUGCACCUGAGCUCAAUGUCGAGUAUCAUAGCAAAAGGUCUGAAUACUUAAGGUAUUAAGGUAUUUCUGUUUUUUAUUUUGAUUAAAUUUUCAAAAAUAUAUUUUUUAAACUAUUUUCGCUUUGUCAUUAUGGGGUAUAAUGAGAAGAAAAUGUGUUCGAUACAUUUUAGAAGAAGGCUGUAACGUAACAAAAUGUGGAAAAAGGGAAGGGGUCUGAAUACUUUCCGAAUACACUGUUUAUAUUCAUAUUUAUAAUAAAUAAUGAUUUAUAAUAACAAUCAGGAUUGUGUCUCCAAUGUGGUAUGCAGAUGUAUGCGUCAUAAGUACAUAAUUUUAUAGCCCCUAUGCUGUGUCAGUUACAGUAGGCUACAGGUGAUUAUGCGUAUUAGCUAAUAGCACAUCUAAUAAAAUAGACCAUGUAUAGGCUAUGUGCAUGGUCCAUUAUGUUAAAAUCAUUUUUACCAAUAUGUUAUUUGGCCGGUUUCUAAAGGUGAAAAUUAUAUUUUAGAUGUUGCAGCAUAAUUUUAUUUUUGUACAUUUUGGAGUAAAAUGUCCUUUUAAAAAGUUACCAAAACUGAGCUUUUCAUUCCUUCUGCAUAAAAAUGAUCCCAGGGAGGACUCCGAACCCCCUAAGCAAGGAGACUGGAAUUGGUUAAACUCGCAGUUUACUAAAUGUAUCAAAUCAUCCCCUUUCCAUAAAAUCAUGAAGCUCAUGCCUUUCUUACAUGAAAGGAGAGGUUAGACAAUCGAUCUGAGAUCGACGUAAGUUUCAGUCAUGGAAUUUAUACUUCUUUUUUUUUACCCCUGGAUAGGCAAACAAAAGACGGCAUUAACGAUAAUAAAUCAAAUAAAGACUGCACUUCUAAAAGCCCAUUUCACACUAUAGCCUGCUGCAUUUGCUAAAUAACUUUUCUUUCAUUUAGAUUUCCACACAACAACAAAAAAAUGUGGCGCUGAUUCGCAUGGAUGAAUGUUUCAGCAUUGUCUCAGUGAAGAGUUCGGCCUUUGACUAGACAUGUGUGACAUGCACACGCAGUUAAAGUCUGCUGGAGUUAAGCAGCAGGCAGACAAGCAAAAUCCACCAUCGUAGUACAGAUGAAGGCUGAGGUGGAAUGUGGAGCUAACUGAAGCUGGCUAGCUUUAUAAAAGUCUAGCUUGCGUCGUAAUUUACUACUCCGAACUCCGAAUAUUGGCUUGUUUUACUCCAAUGUUUGUAAACAAAGUAAAUGUAAGCAAACACUAUAUAGCCUCCAAACAUGGUUAAAACUAUAAUUUUGAUAUUGUGGAUGGUCAGUCCUUACAUCCAUAAGAACCCAUUCCAAACCUGUCUCGACACUCUCGUAAACUCCCAACAGUGUCGUCUUCUUUACUUCCACCACCUGUCAGUCUUUCAAAAAGUUAAUCACUUGGAUAAAACAAGCCUUUGGACUGGAAACAUCUGCUGUCACAGUACAUUCUAAAAAUCCAGUACACUCACAAUCAGAAAGAUGUUUUUAUUCAUAUUUUAUUUUAGUUGAUUUUAAUAUUUUUUAUCAGCACCAAAGAAAAACGGAAGUGAACAUUUAAAAAGAAAAUAUAAUCCUUCCAGUAUAGUGAACCUCGGUCUAGGCGAGCUACAAGGUGUGCAGUCAGUGCAUAUAGAAAUAUAAUGAACUCAUUCUAAUUCUAUGGCUGUGCAGCACCAACACACCCUGAUUCAACCGAUCAUUUGAUCAUCAACAUUCGAGACCUUGAUUAUUUAGGUCAGCAGUAGUUCAAAAGCACACCAUGUACAGUAGCUUUCCAAGAACAGAACAGAACAGAGAUACAUGUUUCCUGUGGACAACAAACAUGUGACUUGACCAGCAUAGACGUCGUUGCUCACCUGCUCUCCGCUAGAGGGCAGCAGAAUGUAUGUAUUCCUUGUCAGGUUUGUCUCAUAAUCAUGCGGAACCAGCCUCAUCGAAGGGCUCCAACCUUACACUAUUUAUCCCAUACAGCUGCCAGGCAGGAAUUUCCUCCUCCAUGCAUGACAAUUAGUUACCCCAGUGUACGGAAAAUGAAACAUGAAUGCAUAUGAAUUUGUUUGAGGCAAUUACCUAUUUGACAGAUUAAAGGUCCGCUGAUAUUGAAACCUCUUGUCUCUAGGCUAGUUUAAAUGAACUAUUGUAGUGUUUUGUGAUACAAAACAGCAGUCAUGCACUGCAGGUCUAUUUUCCGCCAAAAUGUCUGCUCUUGGACAUGACCCUGAUUGUACGUCAAUGAAUGUGCUUUGGUGCGUGCUUGUAUGUUAUUUUGAUGCUUGGCAGUAGCAGUUAGUAGUGUGUGUGCGUGCAUGUGUGUGUGCACUCUUAAAUGUGUGUGUGUGUGUAUGCUCAUAUGUGGGUGAGAGAGGCAUCUCAAAAAGAGCUGGUGUUGUCACUUCACUGUGUUUUUAAAUAAAGUCUGUUUCAAGAGAA